UUUUUUUUUGUUAACAUGUCUGAUACCAUCCCUCCUAUUGAACAAUUGAAUCGUGAAACACCUGAAAUCUUUAUUGAAGCUGUGAAUACAUUAUUUGAAACCGCCCCACCUUUGGCCAACCGUUUGUUAGCUGCACGACCCUACAAAUCCUAUCUUGAUCUCAUUGACCUUGCUGAAACUGUAUGUCUUGGUAAUGAAUUGAGUGAACAAGAUAAGCUUGAUGUCAUCAAUGCUCAUCCUCGUAUUGGUGAAAAUAAAACCAACUUGUCCGCUAUGUCAUUGAAAGAACAAGGAUACAAUAACCGUCAAACAUCUGAAUCUGAAGAAGAUCGUCAAAUCAAUGCCACACUUGCUGAAUUGAACAAGGAAUACGAAGCCAAGUAUGGAUUCAAGUUUGUCGUCUUUGUCGCUGGCCGCCCUCGAUCUCAAAUUAUUCCUAUUAUUCGUGAACGUAUUGCUUCCAACAACAAGGAACAAGAAAUGAAGACUGGUAUGACUGAUAUGAUGCUUAUUGCUAGGGAUAGAUUGAAGAAGGCCACUGGUGAAAGUAGAUUAUAGUUAGCCCCAUCUUUUUUUUUUUUACAUGAAUAAUAAAAAAUAUACCGUUGAAAACGAUUCAUUCUCCG